UUUCUCAUACUCGUUAGCUGCCUUCUUUGUUGGGACUUCCUUGCUUCCAAAUUGAGUCUAAGCUUUCUUGUGGGCUUCUGCCCCACUUUUGGUAUCCUCUUAUAUCAGAAGAAUAAUUACGAAAGGGACCAUGAAGCUAGGAUCCAUAUAUCACCUGUAGCUACCCCGAGAAAACAACUAAUGACAACCUCAAUCCCAUUUGUCAAAAGAAACUCCUUCCCAAUAUUGUUGAGAUCAAAACCUGCAUUUCAAGCCAUUCAAGUUUUCUCAGAAGAAUAACUUGGGACGUUUGAUUUCCCAGCCUAAACUUCUUGAAGGGCUGUAAUCCUUGCUAGAAGAUUGCAAGGAAGGCAAGGAAGCGUAUCAAAGAGUUACACUUCGUCGUUCUUCCAACUUGUCAAAGAUUCAGGACAGAGGUAGUUGAACUUGAAGCCUACAUUCUUCUAGAGCUAAAGCAUCAGAACCAAGUAGUGCUGUUAAGCUAGCACACAUUAUUUUGGAAAACACCUAGCAAGUCAAGCUGGUCCAUUCACCAUGCACUCAGCUGCUCCCCAAACCCAAGCACCUGAUCCAGAUGAUUAUAAGGUCAAAGAAGCCAAUCCUGAGCUUGGUGAACGGUGGCUAAACAGUGGAUCAUAUGGCGGCAGAGGGUGGAUGAGCAGCGAGAGAUUCACAAGCACAUACGACCUUGUAGAACAGAUGUUCUAUUUAUACGUUCGAGUCGUAAAAGCUAAAGAUCUUCCUCCAAGCUCCAUAACUGGGAGCUGUGACCCUUAUGUGGAGGUCAAGUUGGGGAACUAUAAAGGAAGAACGAGGCAUUUUGAGAAGAAAAUGAACCCAGAGUGGAAGCAAGUUUUUGCUUUCUCAAAGGACAGAAUCCAAUCGUCGGCACUUGAGGUUUUUGUGAAGGAUAAGGAAAUGGUGGGAAGAGAUGAUUAUGUUGGCAGAGUGGUUUUCGACCUGAAUGAAAUUCCUACUAGGGUUCCUCCUGACAGCCCAUUGGCGCCACAGUGGUAUAGAUUGGAGGACAGGAGGGGAGGGGGGAAAGUGAGGGGAGAGAUAAUGCUGGCAGUUUGGAUGGGUACUCAAGCUGAUGAAGCCUUUCCUGAGGCAUGGCAUUCUGAUGCUUCCUCUGUCUAUGGGGAAGGUGUAUUUAAUGUUCGAUCAAAGGUUUAUGUGUCACCAAAGCUCUGGUAUCUCAGAGUGAAUGUCAUUGAAGCUCAAGACGCGCUUCCCAGUGACAGAAGCCGAUUGCCAGAUUUAUUUGUCAAAGCUCAAGUUGGCAGUCAAGUACUAAGGACGAAGAUAUGUCCAACUCGCACAAGCAAUCCACUUUGGAAUGAGGAUCUAGUUUUUGUCGCAGCUGAGCCUUUUGAAGAGCUUCUGGUCAUUACAGUCGAAGAUCGAGUUCACCCUUCGAAAGAGGAAAUGCUAGGGAAAAUAAUUCUCCCGCUCGACACAUUUGAGAAGCGGCUUGACCACAGGCCAGUUCAUUCUCGAUGGUUCAAUCUUGAAAAGUAUGGCUUUGGAGCCCUGGAAGCGGACAGGAGAAAGGAGCUGAAGUUUUCCAGCAGGAUUCACCUGAGAGUCUGCCUCGAAGGUGGAUACCAUGUCUUGGAUGAAUCAACCAUGUACAUAAGUGAUCAGCGGCCCACAUCAAGGCAGCUUUGGAAGCCGCCAGUGGGCAUAUUGGAGGUGGGUAUUCUAAGUGCACAAGGGCUCCUCCCAAUGAAGAUGAAGGACGGUCGAGGGACCACAGAUGGAUAUUGUGUAGCAAAGUACGGCCAGAAAUGGGUUCGGACAAGGACGAUUCUUGAUACGAUGAAUCCUAAGUGGAAUGAACAAUACACAUGGGAGGUCUAUGAUCCUUGCACUGUGAUGACAUUAGGAGUCUUCGACAAUUGCCAUUUGGGUGGAGGUGAGAAGUCAGCUGCGGGCAGUGCAGCAAGAGAUUCACAAAUUGGCAAGGUACGAAUUCGCCUCUCGACACUAGAAGCUCACCGUAUCUACACACAUUCUUACCCACUUCUGGUUCUGCAACCACAAGGUGUAAAGAAAAUGGGUGAGUUACAACUUGCAUUUCGGUUCACUACCCUUUCUCUCGCCAACAUGAUCUAUGUCUACGGACACCCUUUGCUACCAAAAAUGCAUUACUUGCAUCCUUUUACUGUUAAUCAAGUAGACAAUCUCAGAUACCAAGCAACGAAUAUUGUGGCGGUGAGGCUUGGGAGAGCUGAACCUCCUCUCAGAAAAGAGGUGGUGGAGUAUAUGCUAGAUGUGGACUCACACUUUUGGAGCAUGAGGAGGAGUAAAGCCAACUUCUUUCGCAUAAUGUCACUCCUUUCAGGAAUGAUUAAUAUGGGCAGGUGGUUUGGGGAUGUCUGUAACUGGAAGAACCCCAUGACAUCAGUGUUGGUUCACAUCUUGUUUCUGAUACUAAUAUGGUAUCCAGAGUUGAUACUACCAACUCUAUUUCUGUACAUGUUCCUCAUCGGACUAUGGAACUAUAGGUUUCGUCCAAGGCACCCACCUCACAUGGAUCCAAAGCUUUCAUGGGCAGAGGCUGUGUACCCAGAUGAGUUGGAUGAAGAAUUUGAUACUUUCCCUACUUCUAGGCCGCACGAUAUUGUCCGAAUGAGGUAUGACAGACUUAGGAGUGUUGCAGGUAGGAUUCAAACUGUCGUGGGCGACAUAGCAACACAAGGAGAGAGAUUGCAAUCCCUACUCAUUUGGAGAGACCCAAGAGCAACAGGCCUUUUCAUCAUGUUUUGUCUUUGUGCAGCCGUGGUGCUUUAUGUCACUCCUGUCAAAGUAGUGGCCCUAGUGACAGGACUGUAUUACUUGCGGCAUCCCCGUUUCCGGAGCAAACUCCCUUUAGUCCCAAGCAAUUUUUUCAAGAGAUUGCCUGCUCGCACGGAUGGUUUACUGUGACGAAACAAUCGCCGUACUUCUGGUUUGCCUGCUGUUUCAUAUUAGAUGCAUCCAAUCUAUGUUCUGACACACUGCUUUGUGUAAUAUAAGGGUAUUGUGUACUCCAUUUGGGUGAUGAAGUUAAGCUGGUAUCGCAAUGUUUAUGUCCAACGUUGAAGAUAAUUGUACCUGUAUCCAUUAGAUAUCCCACAAUGUAUGCCCUUUUGAUCUUU